UGGUGACGGGUUAUGGUAGAAAUGAUCGGUUGAUAAAUGCGCGGCGUGACUGGCGAACUGUUGACCAUGAUUCUAAUCAGUGAAAGAGCGCGCUACGCAGAGUUCUCCGGUGACGUUGGAGACGGUGAUCGCAGCUAGAAGUGGCACGGAAUUGUGCAGUGCAGGAACAACGGACAAGGAUCGUCCGGAAGAGACAGAGAUCGAGAUCGGGUGGUCGACCCUUGCGAAUACGAGAUGUCGACCUGGACUAGUCUGCAAAAUUCAUUCGCCAUGGCAAACCAGACGAGAGCUCUGCCGCAGAUGCGAAUAAAGCUUUGUAUGGUCAGCGCCGGUCUCCAAAUAGUCCUUUUGCUCACCGUCCUACCUCAAGAAAGCCUGUGCGGACCCCACGAAAAACGCUUAUUGAAUAAACUGCUGUCGGGGUACAAUACCUUGGAGCGACCAGUAGCCAAUGAGAGCGAGCCUCUCGAGGUGAAGUUUGGCAUCACACUGCAGCAGAUCAUAGACGUGGAUGAAAAGAAUCAAAUACUAACGACGAACGCGUGGCUGAAAUUGGAAUGGACGGACUAUAAUCUCCAGUGGAACGAGUCCGAAUACGGGGGCGUAAAGGACCUCCGAAUUACACCGAACAAGCUUUGGAAGCCAGACAUUCUCAUGUACAACAGUGCGGAAGAGGGUUUCGAUGGGACAUACCAAACGAACGUGGUGGUCACGCAUAAUGGCAGUUGCCUGUACGUCCCUCCUGGCAUCUUCAAGAGCACAUGCAAGAUAGACAUCACUUGGUUCCCCUUUGACGACCAACACUGUAACAUGAAGUUCGGAUCCUGGACCUACGACGGCAACCAGCUCGAUCUGGUACUGAACUCUGAGGAGGGCGGCGACUUGUCGGAUUUCAUCAUGAACGGGGAAUGGCACCUCAUCGGAAUGCCCGGGAAGAAGAACACGAUAACGUACCAGUGUUGCCCGGAGCCGUACGUCGACAUCACCUUCACGAUACAAAUUCGAAGGAGGACCCUGUAUUAUUUUUUCAACCUGAUCGUGCCGUGCGUCCUGAUAUCGAGCAUGGCCCUCCUGGGCUUCACGCUGCCGCCGGAUUCCGGAGAGAAGCUCACCUUAGGGGUGACCAUUCUGCUGUCGCUGACAGUUUUCCUGAACCUCGUUGCAGAAAGCAUGCCGACGACCUCGGACGCUGUCCCUUUAAUAGGAGUGACCAUCUUGUUAUCGCUGACGGUGUUCCUGAACCUCGUCGCCGAGACCCUGCCCCAGGUCUCCGACGCUAUACCCCUGUUAGGGACGUACUUCAAUUGCAUCAUGUUCAUGGUGGCGAGCAGCGUCGUUUUUACGGUGUUGGUGCUCAACUUUCAUCACAGAUCGCCCGACAGAUACGUGAUGCCACAGUGGGUAAAAACACUGUUUCUACGAUGGCUGGCAUGUAUGCUACGCAUGAAUCGUCCGGGAAAGAAGCACGCGAAGAAAAAUAGUCUUACAGGCGACCAGACAAAGGAUAAAAAGCCGCAGGAAAAACCUAGCAUGAGUUUGCUAGCGAACGUUCUAAACCUCGACGAUGACUUUCGUCACAGAAACAGCGGGAAUAGGUCGACGUUUGGCACACCGAUAUCCACCGGAAGACCAGCGACGGUGGAGAACACGUCAGCGUCGUUGCUCCUCAGCGGGAUGCAAGAGGAGCUGCACACGAUUCUUAAGGAAUUGCGAUUCGUUACGAAUCGUAUGAAAAAGGCGGACGAAAAUGACGGAGUCAUUAGCGAUUGGAAAUUCGCCGCCAUGGUGGUGGACAGGCUCUGCUUAUACACCUUCACGAUAUUCACGGUUUUGGCUACGAUAGCCAUUUUGUGUCGUGCGCCACACAUAAUCGUCCAGUAAAUAGACUGCCCCGGUCAAGUCACCGAAACAAUGCACAAAAAAUGCCAAAGAAACAACGGACACGUGGGUGUUCGAGGAGGGCUGCUACGGUGCGACCAAGUAACGAACCGCGAACGAGAAACGGAUUCGUUGCUUUAUAUUUCCUUUCUUCUCGCUCCUGGCCGGCUGUGUCUCUGUUGUCCUUCGGUUCUGCCGUUUCUAUCUCGGGAGGGAAACCCGGAAAUGGGGAAAUCGGACGCGAGAGACAGAGUGUGGAGCGUGCUCGAGAGCGAGGGACACCGCCGUGGAAGAACCAACCGGAGUCCACGAAGAAGGAAGAUAAAGAGCCGAGAAGAGGAAUUCGAUUCGUCUCGAUUAAGUUACGCUACGGGCACGUGAGCAGCGCGCGUUCCUCGGGCUAACGAACGGCUAAUUAAGAGAGGAAGUAAUAAAGUAAACGAGCAUAUCGCGACAGGGGUGGACAGAGAGUCGCCUCGGCAUAUAUUGUUGACAAUACACGGCCACGUUGUGCGUUUACUUUCUUCGGCUACCUUCUUUCGAUCGACCGCUGUCACUUUCUCUCCCAAGUUAGUCGACACCGACACUACUCGAGGAUUGGCCAACCGAUCCUUCGUUCUUCGGCUGUAACAAUUGUUGCAGAAUUAAUCGACGCGCGAAAUUUCUUAUUCGAAGUAUGGAAUAAGUGAAAUUCGCCACAACGACUUCCUCGAUUAUACUCUUUCCGAUAGGACGGCUAGAUUUUCUUGUCUGUGUUUCAAAGAAGCAGAGAAGCGGGGAACGCGAAUGAAACUUGAUCCGUUCGAUACGGGACUCUCGAUCGAUCGAGGACGGACAGAUCGAAGCGUGUAUCGUGUAAAUAACUUCUAUAAUAAGAAUCGAUUAUUAAUGCCGAACGCGAAACCCCCUGAGAUUAAUGUUCCGCCGAAAGCGACGCCAUUCGGGCUGAUCGAUCUUCCCGAUAGAUCCAUCGAUACUCGCAUAGUCCAGUUAAUCAUAGUCCAGAAUAAACAGAACAUUUUUUAAAUAUGUCAGAAAUUUAUUGAGACAAGCUUCUCGUUAAGAGAUCAUUUUUCUUGCGAUCUUUCGUUCACUCGUAAAAGAAUUUUAUUAAAUCGAACAUUCGUUAACUAAACUGAUACGAGUUCAAUACCUAUCUUCAUUUGACGCAAUUAACGCACAUACUUAGGUGUUUAAACGGACUGCAAAUGAAACAUAUACGAACUAGGUAACGAUCACAGACUGUUUGAAACGAAUCUGCACAGCGAUAGUGGUUGCAACAGGAAAAGGACCAAGCAUAUGUCAGUUAAAAUCCAGAAUCGUACUCGAAACGUGCAGCUAAAAACUUUAAAUAUUUAAAAGAAGCUAUUAACUGCAUUCCCUCUAAAUCAUAAUCAUUAGAAUCGGUAUUUUCGAGCUCUAUCGUCGCGCAGAAGCCUCUAAUACGUAUCAGUUUUUUUACAGACGGUUGCAAGCAAAAAAUACGUGAAACAAAUCGCGUAGAGUUAUUUUUUUACCACUUUUCUGGCUUUUUUUUUUACUUUCCGUGCCGAUGCGUGCUUCGAAUCGUAAGUUAAUACAUUGAUAUCGCCACGAGCAAUCCACCAUGAACGAUUCUUUCGCCAGAACGAAUCCAAAACGAGAAAAUGACAUUUCGAAACAAAAGUCACAGAGCAGUGGUGCACAAUUUUCUUCUUAAAAUUGAAUUUCAACCGAACACGAUAGGAAAUUUGUUUAAAAAUUCUCCAAAGCAAAUUGCAUUACGAUUGCAAGAAUUUACAAGACGAUACUUGGAGAUUUCGCGCGUAGGAAAAAAUGAAAACGUUAAACACUGUUGAUCAGUGCGCUCCAGUUGAUUCGAAACGGUAAACGAACGGAGCUCGAAAUCAAUUUCCAGCUUGAUGAGAAAGCAAGAGCGAUCUGGUCCUUUUAUUCUCACCGAUGCUCUUCGAUUUCGCGAACGCGUCGCCGCUGGACCGUUGCGAAUCGCAUCCAACGUACGAAAAGUGUUCGACGUGGUUUGGGAUGGCCCGAUAGUCGAAUCAUUUGGUCGAGAAAACGCGACGCAAAACGGCAACCCGUUCGAUCCGAUUUAACUUUGCCAUAAUUCGACUAUGACUAACGAAUGGACUCGAACGUCCGCACCAAUACGGACGGGGCGUAUUUCCGGUC